GUAAUAAUUUUGUUUAAUGUAAUUCCUACAGAAACAGACAGAAUUCUUCACAGCAGAUUACACUUUAUACAUAAAGUUGUUAAUACUAUCUACAUAAUGGGUCAAACUCCACUAUCCAUAUAUGGGUGUAAUGUUGCUGAUUGCAGAGGUGAUACAUGUGUAUCACACAGUAGAAUCUGAUGCAAUAUCUGCUAAGUGCAAAGACAGUCCAGAAAUGGGGAACAAUAGCUACAUUCCAAGAACCAGGAUACAUGAAGAAAAAGACUCAAUUAGACAAAUGUUUGUUUUAUUAGAGAGAGAGAGAGGUGUCAAUUAGCCAGAGGGGGCUAUACCAGAUGGUGGUAGGCGGCUUUGGAAGAUCUACCAUGCUUUAUGGGGAGGUGUCAAGAAGGGACAAAUAUUAGGGUAUUUGAUGGUGGCAGGGAAUGACCUCAAGGACAGAAAAUAUAAGGUUCCUCAAUUAAAAAUGGUAGCUGCAACUGUCAACAAACACAGAAUAAUUGUAAUCACUGUAUCCCACAUUACUCAUUAAUUUGUUAAUUAGUACCCCCAUUAAUUUAAUGGUAUAAUCCAUUUUUAUUAACUAGUUUGUUAUGCAUCUAUUUUCAACUGCUGAUGAAGUAGGAGAAAUUACCUGUCAUAGCAUUGAAAUGUCAUCAGAGUAAAGCCAAGUUUUCAGGUUAUAAAUGUUCUUUAUUACAGCGGCCACAAAAUGAAUUUAUCACUUCAAGUGUCUUUUGAUCUUGCCUCUGUGAAUAAAUGGAAAUUCUUGAAAAAUGGUUAAUUUAAUAAAAUGUAGCAACCCCACACUUCAAAAGUAAGCCCCUAAUCCUGCAAAACUGUUCCAUGGAGGUGGACCCUUCUGUUCAUGUGGAAUCACAUUGACUUCAGUAAGAUUCUGCAUGAACUCAGGGAAUGAACUGCUGGAUUUUGGACAACCUGAGAUAUGGAGAGUUAAUAUUAGGGAGACCAUAAUAGAAGUAAUUACAGGAAGGAAGAAAGGUGAAGACCUUUAUACAAAAGUUUCAACUGAGUAGUCAAUCUCCAGGGCAAAAGUUAGCCCUUGUAGAAGUGACACAAAUUGUUUUCCCAUAUACAUUCAUUUGAGAGUUUUUUUUUUCCAGCAGGGGUGGAGCCCUCUUUUCUCUCCCCAGUCCAAAUCCAAUAAGGCUGAUGGAUGUGAAUCAAAGCACAAUAUUAAUUUCUCACUUGGCCCCAGAUCCUGCACUGGAAUCCGCUAGUGCAGAAUCUUUACCUCUGCAAUCAGGACCAUGGUCUUUACAUGACAGUUCAUGUCAAACUAUCCUUUAGUGAAAAAUUCUGGAACUGCAAUAAUGGUAGCAAAUGUUUUCUCUUAAGAUUUAACCCCCUUCCCAACUCUCUACAGUACCAAAUCUGAAAUAUUUUUGCGGUCUUUUGCAGAUAUUCUUACCUGCUGUGCAUUCAGUGCAACUUUCUAAAAAUAAAACUAAAUUAUUUUACAAUUUGCAGGCGGGUUUCCUGGGCUUCUACUAAGGUUUAGAAGGUCUCCUGAGUGGGCAACACAAGAGCAAUAUUACUAGAGAUCAAUAUGCCCUUCCUGUUCCUAGGACCACAUGCCUACCCAUUGCCUCUUCAGUCUCAUCUGAUCGCUGUUCCUGGGAUAAACAUCCCUUUGCAGGACCUAAGGGAGGAAGGUGAGUUCCCCCCAGUGUAGUGUAUAAAACAAGAAGUGCAACAAGCUCAAAGAAGAUGUUUCUCAUCUAUUAGGAUAUAAUCAUGUAGCUCUUUACUUGUAACAAUAAUUAUUCAAUUUUCAGAUAAGAAAUAUUAUUUUAAUUACCCCCCACACACACACCCCACCUCUUGAUCUACUUCUGUACAUCCUUGGUAGAGGAUCGUGUGAGCUAGAAAGCUUAUCUCAGGAUCUGAACUUUCCCCAUGUUUGCAGUAGGUUUGGAUCUGAGGUUCCAGAUUAGGCCCAUCACUACUUUUUUGUAUCAGUUUUGUAUCAGAAAAAGAUUUUGCAUCCCAUUUUUGUGGCCCUUUUAAAUCAACCCAGCACCUUUCUGCAGAACCCCUGGACCUUCCAAAAUCAUUUCUCGUGUGUGUGAUUCCUCUCUUUCGGUUCAUUGAUAGAUCAUCACCCCCUCACUAGUAAAAAGGCUACCAAUGCAGUCUCUCUACUGGGUAGAGCUGCAGAAGAAGGGGCAGGUUCAGUGGCACUGGCACAAUUUGUACAGUGGUGCUGAAAGCCACUGAACAAAAUUACAAACCCUCCCUGCAUAUGAGUGAAACCACUUCAAGACAGCAGCUCUUGGCUGGUUCCAGAAAGAGGCCACUGAAGGUUGCAGCCUGAUGGGUAGGAAGAGGCGGUUCCUCAGCCAGCAGGGGCAGUUGUCUGUCUGUGGGGAGCUCCAGCAGCUGGCUAUGGGGAAGGAAGGCGGGGGCAACAGCCGCUUUGCUGUUCUAGCCGCGGAGUCUCCGGCACGUGGGCGUGUUUAUCCAGACGGGGAGGGACCCACGGAGCCAACACCUCCCAGGCGCCGCCUCUGCCCUCCUCCAAGUUUUGUGCGCUUUCCAACAGGCAGGACUCUCCCUGCUGCUGCGGCGGCGGCGGCUCAGCCAGAGCCCAAGCACAGGGCGGGCGGCGGCGGCGACUGGCUGCAGACGCCGCUGCCCGGCAGCAGAGCGCGGCGGGGCGAUGAAGGGGCGGCGGUGGCGCUGGCAGCACCGCCGCCUCGCCCUGCUGCUGGUGCUCUACACGCUGCUGCUGCUGCUCCUGGUGCCCUACGUGCAGGACUACGGGGCCAGGCGGGGGCGCGGGGCGGAGGAGGCGCCGCUGCAGCCCCGCUGCCCCAGCCUGCAGGAGGUGCUGGGCGAGUGGGGCUGGGAGGAGGAGAAGGAGGAGGAGGAGCAGCCGCCGGGGGGCGAGGGGGCGGCGGCUGACGGGAGCGAGGCGGCCGGCGGCGCGAAGCGGCACAUCUACCUGCACGCCACCUGGCGCACGGGCUCCUCCUUCCUGGGGGAGCUGUUCAACCAGCACCCGGACGUCUUCUACCUGUACGAGCCCAUGUGGCACCUGUGGCAGGCCCUGUACCCGGCGGACGCGCUCAGCCUGCAGGGCGCCCUGCGCGACAUGCUCCGCUCACUCUUCCGCUGCGACUUCUCCGUGCUGCGCCUCUACGCCGCCCCGCCCGCGCCCCGGGACCCUCUGGCCCCGGGCGGCGGCAACCUCACCACGGCCGGCCUCUUCGGCUGGCGGACCAACAAAGUGAUCUGCUCGGCCCCGUUCUGCCCGGACGCCCCCCAGCCCCGCCACGAGAUCGGCCUGAUCGACGGCGCCGCCUGCGAGCGGAGCUGCCCGCCGCGGGGGCUGCGGGAGCUGGAGGCCGAGUGCCGCAAGUACCCGGUGGUGGUGAUCAAGGACGUGCGGCUGCUGGAGCUGGGCGCGCUGCUGCCGCUGCUGCGGGAGCCCGGCCUCAACCUGCGGGUCAUCCAGCUCUUCCGCGACCCCCGCGCCGUGCACAACUCCCGCCUCAAGGCCAAGCAGGCGCUGCUGCGGGAGAGCAUCCAGGUGCUGCGGAGCCGGCACCGCGCCGAGCCCCGGGGACUCCCCCACCGGCAGCUCCUGCCCGCGGCCGGGCUGGGGGGCGGCGGGAUCCGGGCGCAGCAGCAGCACCGGGCCGAGUUCUUCCUGAGCGGCGCGCUGGAGGUGAUCUGCCAGGCCUGGCUCCGCGACCUGCUCUUCUCCCGCCGCGCCCCGGCCUGGCUGCGCCGCCGCCACACCCAGCUGCGCUACGAGGACCUGGUGCUGGAGCCCCGCGCCCAGCUGCGCCGCCUGCUGCGCUUCGCCGGCCUGCCCGUCCCGCCCGCCAUGGAGAGCUUCGUGCUCAACAUGACCCGCGGCGCCGCCUACUCCUCCGACCGGCCUUUCCUCAUCUCCGCCCGGGACGCGCGGGAGGCCAUCCACGCCUGGAGGGAGCGGCUCAGCCAGGAGCAGGUGCGCCAGGUGGAGGCCGCCUGCGGCGAAGCCAUGAGCCUCUUGUCCUACCAGCCCAGUGCCGAGCCCGGCGGCGGAGCCCGGGAGGGGGACAGCAGGUAGCGGCCGCCUCCUUGACGGGACAUGCAGCUUGAAGUGCAGACAUUGGAAGGAUGCGUUAUGGUAACAGCCAAGGACUGAAGAAAAAUUCAUCCCUGAAGAGACUACAUUCCACAUCCUUUCAGAACUUCAAUUUAUGCUAACAACUGUACAGUUUUGCAUAGCAGGACACAUUUUAAUCACCUAAAACAGGUGGACACAAUGACUUCAUUUCCAGUAAGGAUAUGACAGUGCAAUAUGGACAACUAUGAACCUCCAAUAUGGAGUGGUUUAUUUUACAGUUUGAAGCUGCCAGUCUGUGGUCAAUUGUAGGUGCUUUUUCUGGCAACAAGGAGACUUAAAUUUUUAAAGUUACUGACGAUACUUGGACAAAUCAUCUACCAUUGCAAAAACUCAGUAUUUGCAAACGUAGUAUUUUACACUUCAGUAUUGUAGCAAAACUUUCACGGAUCUAGGUGGUGAGGUUUUUUUUAAGUGCUCUGCUUCCCCACCCUGUAACUGGGAAUUAUUUUAUCCUAAUACCAGGACUGUGUUUUUAGAGUUCUGACUACAGUAAAUUAUAUAAUAAAUUGUGAAUUUGAUUAUACAAACUUUCCCUUGGGGGUGGGGAAACAGUUGAAGUGCUGCUUCCAUUUCUACUGCAGUGACACCUAAUCCACAGAAAGCACAGUAACACCACACCAUACUCUUACAAGAAACUGCACAGAAACCUCUGGUUGGUUGGGAGGGAAAAAAGGUUCAGGGCUGAUAACUGGUGUCAGUUGGCAUAGCUGAGGUUCUGACCCCUUGUGUUGAGCUCUUACUGAAAUGCCAAGCUAAAAUCCACUUCAAGUUUGCCUAUAACUCAUACCUUAAACAACCCUUUGGUGCUGAGAGCUGGGAUUUCACAGUGCUUGUUGGUAAUGUACUGUAUAAACCUUUUAAAAGAAUGCUAAAGCUAUGGGGCAGUUAUUCAAUGUGAUCUGGGGUUUAAUUUGGCUCCAGAUUUAAGUUUUACAAAGAGCUUGUUUUACAAAAGCUAGGACUAAUAGAAUAGAAUUCCCAUAGAAAGCUGAUGAAUUAGCUAUUCCCUAUACGGCUGGAAAUCCUUUCAUUGCAGCUUUGUUAUGGAAUGCAAAUCUGAAAUGUCCAUUUGCAUUUCUCUCUGUUUAGACAAGCAGGCCAAGUCUAGAUUAGAAAUGUUUACCUGCAUAGCAGUGCCUGUUAAGGCUGUAGAUUUUUUGUGACAUUUCCAUGCCUGCAAAAGCCUUAGUGUAGACAGUUGUAUCGGCAUAAAUGCUUUUGCUGUUCUAGCUUAUUUCAGUCACUGAAUCUGUACAGCUGUAUCAGCAAAGUGCAGACUAGGCUUCAGUCACUCUAGCUGAACUUCUAACAGAACAGUAACUUACCAGUAGACUUUUAAAAUCUUAAGUGGUGGUAAUAGACAAAUGUUAAAAAGGAUUAGCCUGACAGCAUACCAUGGAGCUGUCCUUUUGUGCCUAGAUGCUUGUGGACAGGAGUCACUCUCAAUCAUGAUUUUGGUUGUAACAAACAGUGCUCAGUGACAUCAGUAUAGAUUAGUCAGUAGAUCAAAUAGAGUAACUUGCAGAGGAAACAGCCUGGUGGCAUGCAAUAUGGAUUCAAAUGUGGCCAGCCUUGAUGUGCACUGUGUGUACGCGCAGCAGUGUUUUGAGAUUCCGUAAAUGGAUGCACACUCACCAGACUAAGAUUAGCAAAUCAGAAGUCGUCAUUCCAUAGUAAAUACUGACUUCGUUAAGAGUUUGGUUUAUGUAGCUUUGGGCAGCUGUUCUUUGACCUCUUCAGAAACAAUCUGCAGUGUAAUUAAAGCCACUUUCCCAACCCUGACAUGUACACGUGAGCCACUGUUGGAAGUUUAAAUUUUUUCUAUUUUAUUUCUUACGUCAAGUGGUGGAAGGGGAAGAGUUGUUACUGAAAGUAAAUUCCUCAUAUUGUCCCCUAAUGUAUUUUGGAUCCUGCAGUCCUUCCCCUGGCAAAAAAUGUAUUGAAGUUCAAUGGCAAUUCUGCUGAAUUUAGGACUUCAGCUUUAAGCACAGCAUGACUGUUUCCAGCAGUAUUUCUGUAUUAAAACUGCAUAUCUAA